ACAGCCUUGGUUUGCCGUCAGGAUUAAAUGCUCACGAUGGCCCGUUCGAGGGCGAGUUUGCUCGCUUUGGGAUUCGUGUCGACUUGUGCCUAUGUGCAGCAGCCGAUACCGCGAGCCUUGCGACUCUACAAACGCCAUUUCCCACGCACCUGCGGCCAUGCAGCAGCAAACGAGCCGCAGCACCACGCCGUCGACGCACCGCCGCGGCACAGGGCACCUGCAAUAACCGCGCUGGCCGCCGCGUCACUCGUCACCGCGGGACCGGCGCUCGCCGCCGACGCGCUGCCCUCUGCGAUAGCUGCGUACUCGCACUAUCUGGCGUUGAUGGGCAUAGUUGGUUCAUUGACGACAGAAAGAUUACUACUAAAAGAAGACAUGAGUGAAGAAUCGUUUGAUCUCUUGGCGACCGCAGAUAUAGUCUAUGGAUUAAGCGGGUUACUCAUACUGGUCUCGGGCUACUUCCGGGCCACGGCCUACGCCAAGGGCUGGGAGUUCUACGCGCACGAACCCCUGUUUUGGGUGAAGAUGUCCCUGUUGGCGGUCGUCGGAAGUGCGUCCUAUUUUCCAACGAUCAAGAUCGUACAAAGAGCCGUGGCGAAGCAAAAAGGCGACGUGCCGCCCUUGUCUCCAGCAUUGGUGAAGAGGAUGACGUCCAUCGUGAACGCGGAGUUGCUCGGCGUGCUGUCGAUUCCGUUCGUCGCGACGCUGAUGGCGAGAGGCGUCUUCUACGUGGACGGGUUCCCGUGGUUCGUGGGGGCGCUGCCGGUUGUAGGAUGUGCGGGCUUCUUCGGGUACCGGUACGCGACGGAGGCGCUGGACUGGGCCGACGGCGACUAGCUGCUGUGCCGUCCCUCCUUCGGUCGCGUCGACGGCGUCGAGCUGGACGCCGUCGACGCCGUCCGGCCUACUACUAGCUGCUGUGCGUG